AUGGGGCGCAACCACAUCCUGAGGACGAGCGAGACGACGUACCUGGAGGAGUCGUUUGUGUUCUACGAGGCCAUCCGCCUCCGCGACUACUUCAAGGACGUGUUCGAGACCAAAAAUCCGCUGCUGGUGGUGAAGAAGCUACGGUACUACGCGCGGUACAUAGUGGUGUGCCUGCUCCUCAACCGGCGAGCGCUCGUGGUGGAGCUCGUCGACGAACUGCAGACCCUCGUCGACGACUACGUGCGCGACUUCAAACCCGCCGACGCCGCCGCCUGGCGCCUCGUGGACUGCCCGCUGGCGAUCUCGGACCGGGCCAAGGAGGCGCCCGCGCUGUCCAAUCGGCUGAAGCUGCCGCCGUCGGGGCUCGAGGGCAAGAUCCGCCUGCAGGAGGCCAUCCUGGUGGGCAACUACCAGCACCAGGUCAAGUUCAGCGAACUCACCCUCGACAUGUUCCGCGUCAUGCAAGUCCUCGAGCGCGAGCGCGUCGGCUCCGCCUUCCCCCGGCCCUCCCUCGACCACUCCCCCGACGGCGAGGACAAGGCCAAGAAGCGAAGCAAUCCGCACAAGUUCCUGCUCUACCGGCCCACAUUCUCCCAAUUCCUCGAGCUGCACGACAACAACGUGCUGCUGGUCUACCUGUCCGCCGAUGGCCUGCGACCCGACGAGCCACCGGCCGCGGAGGGCAAGGGCGCCGAGGCCACCGAGCAGUCGGGAGCGGCGGCCGUUAAGCGCAGCCCGCUGCAGGCGCCGGUGCCGCAGCAGAGGGGCGUGCAGCGAACCAGCGGCGGAGUGGCGAUGGCCGGCGGGUGGAGCGCACACAAAUCGCAGCAGCAGCAGCCGCAGCGCGGCGGCGGCGGCGGAGAGGGGGAGGAGGCCGUCGCCUCAUCGCAUGCGGGGGGCAGCGGGGCCUACGCCUCGCAGUGCCUGUAUCCGGCCGACCUGCUGCCCUUCACCCGCAAGAAGCUCUUCCUCAUCGUCGAAUCCGACAACUCGGCCGCCUUCCGGACCAUCGACAGCGCGUUCGGGCAGCCGUUCCUGUGCCUCCUCUCGCCCGUCUCCACGGGUGCCCUGCAGACCAAGGGUAAUCUGUUCACGCUGUUCUUCCACGACCCGCUGGCCGGGUUCUGCGUGGUGAUCAACAAGCAGGCGGUGACGCAGGAGGCCUACGACAAGUGUACCAAAUACAUCCAGUCCUCCUUCGACGACGUCCAAAAGCUCCUCUGGAACUUUCCCCACAUACCGCGGGAGUUCCAUCAGUUCCUGGAGGAGGACUUCCUGCAGGCGUUCAUCCUGCGGUUCAUAUUUUGCCAUUCGGUGCUCUACCUCCACAGAAAAUGCCACUCCAAGCCGGAGUGUUUGCCGGCCUCGCGCCCGGCGCUGCCGCGGGAAUUCCUGGCCCACCCGGUGGUGCUGUCGAUCGUGUUCAAGCUGGCCUCCUUCCUCUCCGUCACCGAACAGUUCGCCCACCCCGACGACCACCCCGAGACCUCCUAG